AUGCAGAUAUUCGUGAAAACCUUAACAGGGAAAACCAUAACCCUUGAUGUUGAAAGCAGCGACACCAUCGACAACGUCAAAGCCAAAAUUCAGGACAAAGAAGGUAUCCCACCAGACCAGCAACGUUUGAUCUUUGCAGGAAAGCAGCUUGAAGAAGGCCGUACUCUUGCUGAUUACAACAUCCAGAAAGAAUCAACUCUUCAUUUGGUGUUGAGGCUUAGGGGAGGAUACCCACGCAAGCAUUGUAAGAAAAUGCAGAUUUUCGUGAAAACCUUAACAGGGAAAACCAUAACCCUUGAUGUUGAAAGCAGCGACACCAUUGACAACGUCAAAGCCAAAAUUCAGGACAAAGAAGGUAUCCCACCGGACCAGCAACGUUUGAUCUUCGCCGGAAAGCAACUUGAAGAUGGCCGUACUCUUGCUGAUUACAAUAUCCAGAAAGAGUCGACUCUUCAUUUGGUGUUGAGGCUUAGGGGAGGAAUGUUCAAGAGUGAUUGGAAAUCGAUUGAACCUUCUUUGCUUGAAUUGGCUAAGAAGUAUCGCCAUUACAAGAACAUUUGCCGCAAGUAA